AUAAUGUUGACUUGUUCUACGCGUUGAUUAUACCAAAACAUACAUAACAGUGUCGAUAUAAAAUGGGUGAUGUGCAAAAAGUGGAACCGUACAACAUCGCAAAAACUCACUUCCCAAAACUACACGAAAGAAUACAAAACAAAUAUAAUGAAAUGCAAAAAAAGAUUGAGAAGUCUAAAUCGAUAGAUAUGUUAAUGUGCAUUGGUGAUAAUUUUAUAUACAAAGAACCUAAACGACAUCUUAGCAGUAGUGAUGUUAGAAAUGAAUUUCAAGAUAACGAUAGUAACAUUGAACAUGAAAAGCUAAGAACAGAAACGAUGACUAUCGAAAAUAGUAAAGAAAUUAGUGCAUCAUAUGAAGAUGUUAAUUUUAAAGAAUUUGUUGUCACUGAAAUACAAAAUAAUGUAGUAAAUGAGAAAAUGGAAAGUGAAAAUGAAGAUAAUCUGUCGGAUAACAUAUUUCUCAGUGAUAUGAGUAAUUUUUCAAAAACAAGCUUGGAAUCUCUACAAGACAUAGGAAAAGAUACUGAUGAGUCAAGCCUGCCACCUACACCUACAACGAAGUCAAUACGUCAAAAAAUUGGCUUACGUAUGACAGCUGUGAAAGAAAGACGUAACGCUUAUAGGGAAAAGAAGAAAGAAGUCAGAGAAAAAGUAGAAAAGCUAAUUUUAACAAACACGCCCAACGAUCACUUUGAUAGAUUUCUGAAAAGAACUAAAUAUGCAACUACAACUGUUGCAUUAAUUGAAGCCACUGGUUUUGAAAGUGAUGAUGAUAGAUUACGCUUUGUAAGCUGUCGGUUAAGGUUAGGUAUGGAAAAACGUAAAUCGAAAGUAAUCAAAACGAAUAAAUCGGUAGUAAAAUGGCAAGAGAUCAUAAACAUAAGUACGUAUGACGAAACAUUAUUGGAGAUAACCCUUUGGGAUAGAGACAUUUUUGUGGGCAAGUCCAUUGUGGAUUUAUCACUUUUGAAACACGAAAAAACACACAAAAUGCGGAUCAACCUAGAAGGUGACGGUCGUAAUAUAAAAUUGUUCUUUCUAAUAACAAUAAGCGGAACAGUUCUGAAUAACACAAUCCUCGACCUUGACGAUUACCAAAAUAUUCGGAAUAAAUUAAACAUAGAACGCCAAAAAUUUGCAUGGCAUCAAACGUGGAAAGACUUCAAAGACGUUGGCUGGCUAUCGAUAAUUGUCUUCGGUGCUAAAGGUCUACCCACUACGGACUGUUCUUGUAUAUUAAAACUGGACAAUGAAUCUCUUUACACCCAUACAGUUCACAAAACAAACGAGCCAAAUUGGAUGAAGAUAUUUACGUUUACAGUGACUGACAUAACAUCAAUUCUAGAAGUUAUAGUAUUUGAUGAAAAGAGGUCAGAGUAUGUCGGAAAGAUUUCGGUACCUCUAUUGAAAAUAAAUACAACGGAUAAAAAAUGGUAUGCACUCAAAGGUAUUAAUCAAAAGGAGAAGGCUAAAGGAAAUAAUCCGAGAAUACUUUUGGAGAUGGGAAUUACUUGGAAUCUCAUAAAAGCAUCAGCUCGUGUCAUCAAUCCGAAAGAAGCCGAUUUAUUGGAAACUGAGGAUAAAUUAGAUAGGCAUAUCUUCGCACGGAAUAUAGCACGGGCCAAAGCAAUAUAUUCCUGGAUAAUGAGCACAUUCCAAAUAUUCAAGACAAUGUUUGAAUGGGAAUCCAGACAAAGUAAUAUAAUCGCUUUGAUCGCUUGGUUAAUUUUUUGUUGGAUCUUCAAAAUUUGGAUGUUACCCCUUCUUCUUCUCAUACCGUUCGCGUGGUACAAACCGUCAAAAAACCCCGUACUAAGCAGUAAAAGAAGGUUUGAGCAAACUCCAAUAGAAGGCGAAGAAAUUCCAAAACAGGAUAAGGAAGAGAAAAAUUUAACACUUCGACAGAAAAUAAAUUCCCUCCAAGAUAUGGUACAGACUGUACAAAACGUAAUUGGAAAAUUUGCCAGUCUCGGGGAGAGCGUUAAAAACCUUUUCAAUUUCUCUGUACCGUUCGUGAGUUGUUUGGCGAUAUUCUUAAUAUUAUUUAUAACAUUGGUUAUGUAUUUGAUACCACUUAAAUACAUACUUAUGAUUUGGGGAAUACAUAAAUUUACAAGGAAAAUUUUAAAACCAAAUAGAAUACCAAACAAUGAAAUCUUAGACUUGCUUUCGAGAGUGCCUGACGAUGAAACUUUGAUGGACUGGGAACAAUUUUCUUUGGAAACUCUGUCCGACGAAGAUGAACAGUUGUAACGAUCGAGAUCUGAAUAAAUUAAUAUCAUAAUAUAUACCUUAAAGAUUUUCACCUGCUUUUAUAUUUUGUAAAAUAUUAUAACUAAGAAUAAAUGUAAUGAAACUUUUAUUUAAUUCAUAAA